AUGGAAGCAGCGAAAUACUCAGCGUCCAGCAAAUUUGCAACCCUGUCUCUGAGCAAGUCCGACCGCAUCCGUUUCCUCGCAUUCCCGGAGCCCAUCUGCCGCCAGGCCGAGCCGGUGCUCCGGCGUGCCUGGCCCCCGGGGAUCAAGGCCGAAGGCCUGUACGCCGGGUCCUACGAGUACCAGCUGAAGGGUCGGCCGUGGGGAAUGAUGGGCAAGUCCGAGGCGAUCGGCUCGCGGGUGCUGCUGCGCGACAUCCUGGCCUUCCUGUACGGCCGCGGCUGGGUCCUGGCCACGGCCAUCAACCUCAGCGAGAAGAUCGGGUCCAAGGACACGCUGCUGUUCCGGGACGCAGCGGCCGGACGGGGGACGGACCACCCGCCGGCGCUGCCCGCGGUGGACUGGCUGGUCGUGCAGUUCUACCACUCCAAGACGAUCUAUUUGCACGGGGUCGGCGCCGAUGGCGACGCGGCCGAGCAGCAGCCUAUGCUAAAGGCGUUCCGCGAGAUGCUGGCGAGCACGGGCUACCUGGACAAGGGCGGGUGGAGUCACGAUGCGUACGAGUUCGUCCUCCAGGGCCGGCCCUGGCGGUGCCACGGCGAGAAGUCCAUGAAGGCGCGCGAGCUCCUGCUGGGCAUCAUGGGGGUGCUAGACGGGCACGGGUGGGAGCCGUACGGCACCAUCCGGCAGAGGACCGACUCGGACGAUUGGAGGCAUUGCGACUCGUGGUAUCUGAUCCGGAAGACGGGGAAAGGCUGCGAGGGUUUGAUUGGUGAUCACACUGUCGGUGAGGGCGCAUAG